AUGGCGGCAGCAGCCGCACCGCUGUCGCCGCAGCCCCGGGGCGCUGCGGGCGGCGCAGCGCUGAGCCCCACGCGCAUCUCGAGGCUGCAGGAGAAGGAGGAACUGCGGCAGCUGAACGACCGGCUGGCCGUCUACAUAGAUAAGGUGCGCAGCCUGGAGACGGAGAACAGCGCGCUGCAGCGGCGCGUCUCCGAGCGGGAGCAGGUAUGCGGCCGCGAGAUCAGCGGCUUGAAGGAGCUUUUCGAGACGGAGCUGGCCGACGCACGUAAGACGCUGGACGACACGGCGAGGGAGCGGGCCAAGCUGCAAAUCGAGCUGGGCAAAUUGCGCGCCGAGCACGAGCAGGUUCUCAGCAGCUAUGCAAAAAAGGAUUCUGAUCUUAAUGCAGCUCAAGUCAAACUUCGAGAGUUCGAAGCAGCGUUAAAUGCUAAGGAAGCUGCGCUGGCCACAGCACUGGGUGAUAAGAGAAGUCAGGAAGAAGAGCUUGAGGAUUUAAGAGAUCAAAUUGUGCAGCUUGAGAUUUCUUUAGCUGCGGCCAAGAAAGAACUUGCUGAUGAAACUUUACAGAAGGUGGAUCUUGAAAAUCGUUGUCAGAGCCUCAUUGAGGAUUUGGAAUUCCGUAAGAAUAUGUAUGAGGAGGAAAUCAAGGAGACGAGAAGAAAACAUGAAACUCGCUUAGUUGAAGUUGACUCUGGGCGUCAAAUAGAAUAUGAGUAUAAACUGGCCCAAGCACUGAAGGAAAUAAGAGAGCAGCAUGACGCACAAGUGAAACUGUACAAAGAGGAGCUCGAACAGACUUAUAGUAGCAAACUUGAAAAUAUUAGACAGUCAUCUGAGAUGCACAGUUGUACAGCCAACACGGUAAGAGAAGAACUUCAUGAAAGUCGUAUGCGAAUUGAAACACUGUCUUCCCAUAUCGCCGAUAUUCAGAAAGAGUCUAGAGCAUGGCAAGAUAGAGUGCAUGAGCUUGAGGACGCCUUGUCCAAGGAGCGGGAAAACUGUCGCAAAAUACUGGCUGAGAAUGAGAGAGAAGUGGCAGAGAUGAGAAAUCAAAUGCAGCAGCAGUUCAGUGACUACGAACAACUUCUGGAUGUUAAACUGGCACUUGAUAUGGAAAUCAGCGCAUACCGCAAAUUGCUGGAGAGCGAAGAGGAGAGGCUCAGACUUUCUCCAGGUCCAUCUUCUCGAGUGACAGUUUCACGAGCUUCAUCAAGCCGUAGCGUACGUACCACCAGAGGAAAGAGGAAGAGAAUUGAUGUGGAAGAAUCUGAAGCCAGCAGUAGUGUUAGCAUCUCCCAUUCAGCUUCUGCCACUGGAAAUAUCUCUAUUGAGGAGAUAGAUGUUGAUGGAAAAUUCAUCCGCUUGAAGAAUACCUCUGAACAGGAUCAACCUAUGGGAGGUUGGGAGAUGAUCAGAAAAAUAGGAGACACUUCUGCUAGUUACAGAUAUACCUCAAGAUAUGUACUGAAGGCAGGACAGACUGUUACAAUUUGGGCUGCAAAUGCUGGAGUGACUGCUAGCCCUCCCACUGACCUCAUCUGGAAGAACCAGAAUUCCUGGGGCACUGGUGAAGAUGUGAAAGUUGUGCUGAAAAAUUCUCAGGGGGAGGAAGUUGCUCAGAGAAGCACUGUCUUUAAAACAACUGUAAAUGAAGGGGAAGAGGAGGAGGAGGAAGGUGAAGAAAUUCUUGAAGGAGAUGUUGCCCACCAACAGGGGAGCCCAAGAAAAUCUGACAGAAGCUGUGCGAUCAUGUAACUCUUUCCAGUCAUCCAGGUUCUUCAAAUAAUGGUGAUCAUUGUCUACAGAAUAGCCUUCUCAAAAGCACAAUGUAUUUUUGUAGUUUAUUUCUGUGAGUUCUUAAGCUGAAAGUCUAAUGGCCUUAAUUUCCUGACAUUGAAAAUGAAGUUUUGUAAAAGAAACUGUAUCUGUAACUUGUUGUUAGGACAUAAACUGGUGAUUCUGAACUUUGUGUACUGUUUGAAAAUGACAUUCCCUACCCCUAGUUUUAUAUGCCAGUCUUUUUUUAAAAUAGAAACUUUAGAAGUUUCUGCAUUCCAGGGAUUGAUUUUUGUCGGACAACACCACUCCAGCCAUCUACUGUUGACUUCUUUAUACUUAGGUGCUGUUUGGGAAGGGAAAGGCAUUUUCAAUACUAUGAACUUUUUGUACUGAAGACAUUUUCGUAUUACAGCGCAAUCAAAGAUAAACAACUUUCUUAUAGAAAAUAGACUUUUUCUAAAAAAAAGAAGGGGAUAAACCAUAAAAUCAUGUAAGCACUCAACUCACGAAGGAUGCAGUAAAAAAAACCUUUCUAUUGCUACUUUGUUUGCUUAGGUUUCUUGUUCUGAAAAGGGGAUUCAUGUUAAAUGUGUUAGUUGUAUUGUUAAGGUAGUGUAACAGCUUAAAUUUGCUUACAUGUUUUUUUUGUAACAAAGUCAAUUUUAAUAUUGAUUGCUUUGCUUGUUUACAGUUUUUAGGAACAAAUCCAAGUCUUCUAGAAAUCUUCUAGAAAUCUAGUCUUUGUUUCUAUGGAAAACAACUGUAAUUCUGUCAAUGUGGAAAGUUUCAGUUCUUUUUGCAUUUACCUACUGUUUGAAAACUUUGAAUAAAGAGUAAAGUAUAUCUGUAUAGACACUUGAGAUUAAGGUUUUGAAAUUUGUUUUGUGAUAAAAUGGAGUUAAAAGUUGAAUGAUUGCUAGGUAUUUAGAACUGAUAGGAUUUGAACUUGGGAAAACCUGCAUGUAAGUGGAACAGUGGCACUUGAUUUGUAAGAUUUCUCUUAAAAUAAUGAGGAACAAAUUGACAUUUCAAAAUGAAUUCUUUGGACCUUUAUUCAAAGUGUACAUAACUGUUUCUGUAGUUAUCUUUGUCUUGAUCUGAAGGUUUUUUUAAUGGCCAGAAUCAUGGGAAUUCAUUGUGCUUUUUUGCUAUCAGUUUCUUGAAAAACAGAACUUCUUAGUGUCUUCCAUGUUGAAUCAGUUUCGAUCCUGAUGAACUACAUCAUGACAUUCUGAAUUUUUGCCAGCAGAAGUUAGAGGUGGCCAAGGCUUAUGUGGAUGGACAGAGAUUGGUGCGUCUCCUCCUUUUGGUAGUAACAUUGGCUUAAACAACUGCAUUAGACCCUGAAGUAAAACUUGUUUUAAUUUCCUGUUUAAAUGUGAGCAUUUGUAUUUAUAUAGUAUUUUCAUAUAAUUUCAGUAUUAAUUCAUAU